UCCGGGGCUGCGCCCAUCCAUUGACAAGUGAGAGGCAGAGCAGGAAGAGCGAGUUCAUAAAUCUUCUGCCCCUGUAGGUGUGAAAGGUUAUCAUGGAUGAUGCUAUAGGAACACCGACAGAUGACAGCACAGAUAAAUUGGUACACUGUCCAGUAUGUGACCUGGAAUUAUUAGCUACAGCUAUCAACUCCCACCUUGAUAACUGCCUGCAAGUAAAGCCCAUAGAGGGGGUGGCAAGUAAGAAAAGACGCCUCUCCUCCCCUGAGGAUUCAGGGAUGUCAGAAAGUGCCCAACCUCUUAAGAGGCUCUCAAAUGCACCCAACUUUCCUCUUUUUCACAAACCUAAAUCUUCUGAUGGACCGUCUGAAGAACCUUCCUUUGCUGUUCAAUCUUCCAGAACACCAGAUUCGAAAAAUAAACAUGCAGAAUCACAUAUACCAUCUAAUUCAGACUGUCUACAAAAACAAGAGGACUGGCUGCUGCAAUCUACUAGCUUAAUCCAGGGAGACCAACCCAAAGAAAAGAGCUUGGCAGAGAAAUUGGAUGGCAAACCAUUGGCAGACAAAAUGAGACCUUGCAGUCUGCAAGAUUAUAUGGGGCAAAAUAAGGUUCUAGGAGAAAAUACAAUGCUCAGGACUCUGCUACAGUCCAAUGAAAUUCCAUCUAUUAUACUUUGGGGGCCUCCAGGAUGUGGCAAGACCACUCUCGCUCAUAUUAUUGCCAAGAAUGCCAAGAACAACAACAUUCGAUUUGUGACAUUAUCGGCAACAAGUGCUUCGACAAAUGAUGUUCGAGAAGUCAUUAAACAAGCCCAAAAUGAACAAAGGUUUUGCAAGAGGAAAACGAUCCUUUUUGUGGAUGAGAUUCAUCGCUUCAAUAAGACGCAGCAGGACACGUUCCUGCCCCACGUGGAGUGUGGAACGAUAACCCUUAUUGGGGCCACAACAGAAAACCCGUCUUUCCAGAUAAAUACUGCUCUUUUGAGCCGCUGUCGGGUAAUUGUCCUGGACAAGCUGUCUGUGGAAGCGAUGGAGGCUAUUUUGAUGCGAGCUGUAGAGUCUUUGGGAAUCAGAGUCCUAAGUGAGGAUCAACAGCCUGGCUGCAGUGGCAGCAAUGUUUCAGAAACACCAAUGUAUGUGGAGCAGAAAGCGUUAACUACUCUAGCCCACCUCUGUGAUGGGGAUGCCAGGACAGGACUAAAUGGCCUACAGCUGUCUGUGCAAGCCAGGCUUGCAGCAGGAAAAGAUGCUUCUAAUUAUGACAUGGUUAUCAAAGAAGAACAUAUUAAGGAAGGAUUACAGCGCUCACACAUCCUCUAUGAUCGGGCUGGAGAGGAGCACUACAACUGCAUCUCUGCACUUCAUAAGUCUAUGAGAGGGUCUGACCAGGAUGCCUCUCUGUAUUGGCUGGGGCGAAUGCUUGAGGGAGGCGAAGAUCCACUAUAUGUGGCUAGACGGUUAGUAAGGUUUGCCAGUGAAGACAUAGGACUAGCUGAUCCCUUGGCCCUACCACAAGCAGUGUCUGCUUACCAAGCCUGCCAUUUUAUUGGAAUGCCUGAAUGUGAUGUGAUACUAGCUCAAUGUGUGAUGUAUUUGGCCCAGGCUCCAAAGUCAAUAGCAGUAUACAGUGCAUAUGGCAAGGUGAAAGACUGUUUGAAGAACCACAAGGGGCCUCUACCACCUGUUCCGCUACACUUGAGAAACGCACCAACCAAACUAAUGAAAGGCCUAGGUUAUGGGAAAGGCUAUAAAUAUAAUCCUAAAUACAGUAAACCAGUAGUGCAAGACUACCUGCCACCAGAGAUGAAAGGGAUCAAAUUUGUUUAAUUAUAUUAGCCCACUGUUGUAUGAACAUAUGUCUGUGCUGUUAUGUGUUUUUCUUUUUUGUAAUUCUUUCUAAUCAUACAUAAAAAGGUAGACUAUGUACUUGACUCUUCUAACCGAAAGUUAAAUAUGAAAUGUUUAAAGAUUACCGUUCCUGCCACUAAUAUUAUCAGAGUUCUUGUUUCUUCUUGUGUAUUUAACAUCUCUGUUCCAGCAACACCAAUAGAUUAGUAAUGUAGUUAUAAUUAUUGAAAUAGCAACUGUCAUAACUUAAUUAUUUUAAUAUUAUGCUUUUUUAUUUCCUAUAUUUAACAAAUAUGUGUUUGUGAGAUCUGAAAAAUAAGGUCUCUAUCCUGAACUCUCCAACUUGACUGCCUGUCCAUCUUUGUAAUUAAAAACAAAAAAAACAAAAA